CAUUGCUGCGUUACGCGCGUGCACCCGGAAUACAUCUGCUGUACUUCCUGAAGAGUUUACUAUUAUAUUUUAUUAUAUUUAUCGUUGUACAGCUAUCGUACAUUAUCAAUGGGGUGAAAGGGAGAAAGGCCCUAGAAAAAACUAAGACUGUAGCGACGCAAUGAGCUGCUGAUAGUCGUUGAAAUCAAAAUCGAAAGUGCUUUUGUGUACUCGGAUGACAUUUCUGUUAUUUCACUUUAUCUUGUCGUAAAAAACAUACAACAACACGGACUCCAGACUCCAUGAAGAUGAUUGAAAUCAUUUUAUUUGGAUACCUCAUGACGUGCGUUUUCGCUGAUGGGACUGUAGAUGUGGUACUAUCCUGCGCCCUGGUGGAGGAGGGAGCCGGAUUGGGUGGAAUGGGAGGUGGAGCAGCCUUCAAACGGACCCCAGCUACUCUAGUCUUCAAAGAUGUUGCAGUAGCUCCUGAGGAAUCACUCGAAUCCCUCACUCCUUUCGUCCCGCCCUCAGUCCCUGAUCCAGACCUCAUCCUGUUUGAGUCCAAAGUGUCGUCAGUUGAGAUCCCCAACUCAGAAGCGUUGCUCCAUGCGGACUGCAAUGAGCAGGAGGUAAUGUGUGAAAUAAGCAGUUACACUCCUCGUGGAUCCCAGGAAAGUUCAGACCCAGCCUACUUCAUGGUGUCCCUUAAUGUGGAGGGAGCUGAGUUCAGCACGGUGAUGAUUCUGCAGACCUUGCCGGUGGAGAAGGACCACUCGACACUGAUACAAAACAAACUAGAGCUGCCUCUUAGUCAGUCGGGCACUCUGCUGGCUGAGGUGAUAUUCCUGGUGUAUUCCCACAUAAAGUCUGUAUUUGCGCCUCUGAAAGGUGAUGUGCUCCUCCACUGUGGUUUCAAGCAGCAUGAAAUACCGUUAUCCCGGGAAGUGGGCAUUGAAUGGCGACUGCAGCACAGAGGGAAAGGGCGGAAAGUGCUUGAAAUGAAGACAAGGAUGGGCGAUGCAGAGGGAAGCACAGUGGUGCAUGAAGAGAGGAGGGGCUCAAGCAUGGAUGCUGCCCAGGUUGUUGGUGCGGGUAACGCCUCUGUGACUCUGAACAAACUGAAGGUUUUGGAUGAGGGGACCUACAUCUGUACAGUCAGUUUAGGCUUUUUCCAUGCACAGCAGGUCAUUCAACUCCAUGUUACUCAACCGCCCCAUGUUUCACUCUCAGAGGAGAAGCUGGUUUUGAAGUCACCUCAGACACUGAUCUGCCACUGCAGUAAAUACUACCCACUGGAUGCUCAGAUGGAGUGGUUAUCCCUCUCUCCUACAGACACCGAGCCUACAGUCUUUCCUGAUCAGGGCUCUCUGUCCAGCCAUCGACAGCAUGGCGAUGGAACGUACUCCCUGUCAUCUCACCUCACAGUGCCCCCCAGUGUCUCCCCAGGCACCAAAAUCACCUGCAGGGUGGUUCACCCAGCCCUGGACACUCCUUUCUCUGUGAGCGUGGUCGUAGAAAGUCCAGAACCAGAUUCCUAUUGGUGGGUUCUGGGUUUCCUGGUCGUCACAAUACUUUUCUUCCACCAGGUUAUGAGAUAAGUCAGUAGGUGAUUUUCCAGUAGAUAAUGCUGACUUGAAAUUGAGCCCAGACAGGCAUCCUCUGUGUCAUUUAUGAGUCUUUAAGUUAUUACUGAUUUCAUUAAAAGUCAUCACUGGUUCUUUUAACUCCUCUAGCCAUCUACAGAACAGAAAAAUAAACAUUUUAUUCCUAAAUAGGAUUCAAAAGGAUUCAAAGGCUUUUUAUUGUCAAUUUCACCAUAUGUCAGACAUACAGGGGAAUCGAAAUGUUGUUUCUCUCUCUCUGCAAUGUGCAUACAAUAACAAUAAAUUAAACAAUUAGUAGUAGAGAACGUUUUUUUUUUUUUUUUUCCACAUAAAUUACCUACCUUUUUCUUUUUUUUUAAUCUCUGACCUAUGUUUGGCCUCUGAUAAACAUGUGUAGCGUUGUGGGAAGCAUAACUUGCUUUCUUACACAUAUUAAUUCUCAUCACUGUGUUAGAUGUCAACUCAUAGCAGGACCUAAGUUUCUAUUUUACUUUCUGAAGUUUGCUGGAAGUAAAGACUUGGCUGGACCAUACAUGUGUAGGCAGUAGGCACUCUCAGUCACUCCAGACUGUACAUGACUGAUCCACACAAUCUUUAUUUGAAAUCAGGCAUGAGAUCACUGGCACUAUGACCAUGGCUGUCUGAGACAUUAUGUUAGUAAUCUGUGUUCAGUCAAAUAUAGAAUAUAAUUUUGUUUUAUUUACAAGACAAACAGCCUUCUUCUGCUUUGACGUUUGGAGUUGUUCACGUUUUACUAUGCUGUUGCAUAAAUCUUCAACAGGAAGAGCAGCUUUAAGUGAAUGUAACUGAAGUGAUUUGUUUUAUAGCAUUAGCAUGAGCAUGGUGUGCAAUAACGCAUGGUCUGAUUCUAACUGGUUUAAGUAAUCCAUGUCUUGAAUUGUUUGUAUUCCUACUCAUAUUUAAAAUCCCACAGUGUGUGCACUGAGGAUUAUUGGGCUACUUCAUUCUUCUGAUCAGUAUGAAGUGGAAAAUUGGGGCAAGGGCUUUUUUCUGUGUUUCUGCAGUGGACUUAUCAAUGCUGGUGACCAGAAGUGAUUGGACAUUUGUUGUCAGAGCUCAGAUUGUGAACUGUGCUGUGGUGUCUUGGUCUAAAGCCUCUCAAAUGAUUGUUUCAAAAACGUCUUCAUUUUUUGUACUGUUUACUUUCAGUUCUCACUGGUACUACUUGCUUGCAUCCUGUUUUUAUUUUGGUUCUGGUUCUGUUUUUUGGGUGACAUUGAUAUUGUUUCAGUUUUUGUGAUUUCCUUUUCAUGAUGAAUGAUUUUGCGUCUCAGCAUAUAUUAUAUUAUAUUAUAUUAUAUUAUAUUAUAUUAUAUUAUAUUAUAUUAUAAUUCCUCCGUUUCUUGUUUUACAGCUGAUUGAAGCUAUUUUGUAGACAAAUCACAUGACUGUCUUUUAUAAAAUUUCAGUCGGGAUCCGAAUCUGUAUAUCGACAGCAGUUGGCAUCAUCUGAAGUGCUGUGAACUGUGGAAAAACACUUUCAAACAACAGAGUCUAACCUGACUCAAAAUAUCAGGAAAAUAUAACAAAAGUUCAGCUGUCA